CUCAUCAUAUAUUUGGUGAACCAGUUGGAAAAGCAUUUGUUCUCCCAAAAUGAAGUCCUACUUGCCAUUAACCUGUAGUAUCCUUCUUGUAGGAGUGAUAUGUGCUGUACUGGCUUUUCCAUCCUCAGAUUCAAGUGCUUCUGACGAUUCCAUUUCUGCGAGCAAAGAAGAACUAUUGCUAACCUUCCCGGAGUAUUCACUAAUUCCUCCAAACCUUUUAGAGGCCUUAUCUCCCGACUCAAGUGACUCAAGUGACUCAAGUGAUUCAAGUGACUCAAGUGAUUCAAGUGACUCAAGUGAUUCUAGUAUUAGCGACUCAGCUUCUGAUGAAAGUGGUUCGAAACAACCUCAAGGACGCACCCUCUUCCUGAUUUUACGUCUGCUGCAAUUGCUUGCCCAAACUAAUUCCACUCUUUUGGGCUAAUCGAAAAUAUAUUUGUACUUUGAAUCGGUAGUCAAUUUAAACCACUUUUUUUCUGAUUAUUGUUCUUUUUUUCUUCAAAAUUUUUUGAAAUGUCCUAAUUAAUGCUUUAAACCAUACAAAAUAUUUCAAAUACAAUGUAAUCAAAGGAAAAUAAAUGCUUUAAAAUUUA